UAUAUCGAUCUUCACGCAAGGAUAGCUAGAAAAGGUUAUAUAUCUAGGAGAGGAUAAUAUAAUUUCAGAGAGAGAGAGAGAGAGAGAGAGAGAGAGAGAUCAAUGAUUAACUGGCAAUUAGAAGAGAAUAAUGAAGCCGCCGCCCGUGCAUCAUUGUUCUUCAAAUGUACGAGGUGGCAAUUAGAAGAGACCAUGGAUCCCAUCAACUGCCCUUUUCACUACUACUGCGACAGCCCCGGCAACCCAAGUAACUACCCUCCUUCUGUUGACAUUCUCGUAGCUUCUUUCUCCAUAGCUUCAUACUUUGCAACCCUAAUCUCUAUGUUGCUGGAAACCUUAUUCCACUGGAAAGUUACUCGUAAUUUUUCUGCCCAACGUCUAAGAAGAUUCAUGCUACCAAACGGCCCCAUUUCCCUACCGAUGACCCUCUUGGCACUCUCCAACGGACGCAGGAUUAGCACCAUAUUUCCACUCUCAUGCAUCGGCCCCUCCAUGCUGCAGCUGAUCCAGAUUUCCGCCAUCGCCGUCGACUGCAUGGCGGCCGAACGAGACCUCAAGUACGCUAUCUACAACGCAUCGACAAUCUCCGGGAUUUUGCAUGCGAGUUUAUACGUCGAUUCGAUCAUCCUGCCUUACUAUACAGGUUUCGACGCCUUGGCGUCCUCAACCCUUUCUGGGGAGUGCACGUCCUGCGUGUGUCGCAAAGAGACGCUCACUGUCGGGGGAAAGUGGGUCUCUUACGGGUAUGGGUACGGGUACGGGUACAGGGGCCGGUCGUCUACUUCAUUUUUAAUCGUGGGUUUGCUUUGUUUAAGGAUUAUUUGCAGAAUAAGUGCAGGGCACGAGAGAAAGAUCGUAUUGGUGAAGGCCCUUUUGGAAAACUUGAGUUGGAUUUCCAUAGCUAUGGAUUGUGCGUGCCUCGUUGUAUAUUCUCCACCCGAAAGGUUUGCUCUGCGGGCUGUAGCUUCGUCUGCCAUUCUUCUCUUGAUUUGUAUUCAUGUGCUCAUGAAGUUGUGCGCCUGGAUAAGGAUUAAGCAAUGGCAGUCGGGAUCGAGGUGUCAAAACCUAAGAUGCCUUCAUACGGACAUGACGAUUUUGGAAAGAAGGCAGUGAAUUAACGUUCGUUUAACAUUGUAUUCUCAAGGCAAGAUGCAAAGAAACGUCAUAAUUAAAUUGAUGGUCACCCAUCUGCAUAAUCCCAAAAAAUGAAGGGAAAACUGAGGUCGGUUCCCCUUUAGGCUUAUUGCAGAAGUUGUAAAUUCUCUAACUUUACUACAAUGCUGCAAAUAUCCCCUGCCAUUGUAUAGGUGUCCAAAAGCUCCAAUGGUCUGCGCUCUAAUGACCCAAUAAAUAUGUACAAUCUUUUUGAAGGAAAAUUCUUAGCUUUUUACUCUUCGCACCUAUAAUUAAAAUAAAUUUAAUAAUUACUCUUCGUAGCCAAAAUUAUUACUUGUUGCAGCCAACUAUAUUCCAAAUUUGCCCUCACUCAUACAAAUACACCUCCCUGCUGCACCUCACCGUCGUUCUCAACCUCCACUCUCCUUUGAAACUUCCCUACACCACACUCGCAGCCGUCGCCUUCUUUACAGCCUGUGCGCGCUUGCUGAGAUAUGGUACGUGGUAGAAGAAGAGGUGAAGCUUCUUAAUCUCGCCAGUCUUCUUCUUCUCGGGAGCGUCCUACUGCGUUAACUAGAAAAAGAAAGAGGAUCGAGAGUUCUAGUGAACCGAAUAUUUUAGAGGCAGUAGAAGAGCCAGUAGCAGAUUAUGUGACACCAGUUGAGGAGCAUCCCAACCCUAAUCAAGGGGAAGCAACGGAUCAACCAUCUUCCUCUCAGCACGAGGAUGAUAUUUCUGAACCAUUACCUGGGGGCCCUAGUGAUAGAUCUAUUUUAAAAAGUUUUAAAAAUCAUGUUGCAUUUGCAAUAUGGGCAGGAGAGGUAAGUUAUAUUAAUUUUUUUAAUAUUUAUCUUUAUAAUUUAAAUAAUUACCUAUUGCAAGUUUUUAUAAUUUAAAUAAUUAGGUAUUUGAAUUUUUUAACAAGAAAGAGGCAUAUUAAAAUGUAGAAAUCAUGGCCUUAAAAUUCCUGAAUGGCCAUUGGAUAAUCAGCCUCGUGUUCGUGAUAUUGUUAUGGGUUCUAGUCUGUCACCAUUGAUAGAGUGUAGUUAUCGAUAUAUAAAUCAUGCUAUAGUCUCAGCAUUUACAGAGAGAUGGCAGCUUAAGACUAAUACAUUUCAUUUACCAUUUGGAGAGAUAAGUAUAACAUUAUAUGAUGUUGCUGCUAUUUGAAGAUUCCAGUAAUAGGAAGAUCUGUAUCUGUGCCUCAUCAGUUGACACCUAGUGAAGCUAGUGAUUUAUUAUGUAGGUUACUUGGGGUUUCAUUAAAUGUAGCAACACAACAAAUUAGAGAGAAUCGAGGAGCAUUUGUAAAAUUAGAUUGAAGAACAUUUAUGCAUAUACCAACUGAGGUUUCUAAUGAAGAGAUUGAACAUAUUAGUAGAGCAUAUCUGUUAUUUUUAUUAGGUUGUACUUUAUUUGUAGAUAAGAGUGGGACAUUAGUUUCAGUAGCGUAUUUGACAUUAUUAGAUGAUUUAAGUAUGAUCGGUAAUUAUGCAUGGGGAGCUGCAUGUCUCGCAUAUUUGUAUCGAUAGCUCGGCAUUGCUACUAGACGAGAGGUGAGGAGUAUUGCUGGAUAUCUUACCUUACUUGAGGUAAUUAUUUUAAUUUUAUAAUUUUAUAUCAUAUAUUUAUAUAUAUUUAACAUAAUUAUUUAUAUUAAAUUUACAGGCAUGGGUGUAUGAGCAUUUCCCUUUUACUAGAAUUAGAUGUAACUUGUUAUAUAGUGACGAUCAGCCACGAGCUCUCCGUUGGAUACCUGUUCGUGAUACUAAUUCUUUACAAUCUAUUAGGGAGUAGCUUGAUGAUUUAUCACCGGAUGAGGUAUUUAUCAAAUAUAUGAUUUGUAAGUUAAUUAAUAUAUUAUAAAAUUACAUUUUAAACUAAAUAAUAUUUACAGUUGAUUUGGACGCCGUAUGGGAGGGUUCAGGCACAACAUCCACUUCCACAAAUUAUAUUUUUCUCAGGUUGUCUGAAAUGUGAAAAUAUUAUAGAACCAUAUCAUCUUGAGAGAGUUUUACGACAAUUUGGACAUGUGCAAACUAUUCCUCCACCCCCAUUAUCACAUGUUGAAGCUAGGCGAGGUUUGGAUACAGCUUCAUAUCGGGUAAUUUAUACAUUUGUUGAUGAUAUUUGGAAUCGAUGGCAUAUGCAUUUAUUACCACCACGUCGACGUGGUAAUUAUUCUAAAUUUUCAUGGCAUUUUACACCUGAAUAUUUAACGUGGUAUGAAGCUAUUACACAUCCAAUUAUACAAAAUCCUAUACAUCGAUCCAGUUUUGAUAGAGGUGCAAAAGAUAUGCUCAGUUUUGCUGAAUCACGUAAUCGACUAGCAUUAUAUGCUAUCAACCAGACGAUAUCAAGUACUAAGCCUGUAUCUACUGAUGCAUGGAGGGAGACAUGUCUUGGGGUGAAUAAUAUUCUAGGUUCUCAGCAUCCUGAUGUUGAUAAUAUUGGAGCGUCCACAUCUCGUACAUCUCCUCUAAAAAGAUAAUUCACUUCGGAUUAAUUAUAGCUUGCUUAUAGUUGUUGUGUAGUUGUUGUUUAUAGCACCAAGUUGUUUAUAGUUGUUGU